UUUUUGAGGGCUGUUCUGUAAUUUGAGAAAGUAGUGUCAACAAUAAAAUGACUGUUUGUAGGACUGUACAUGUUCCCUUUUACACUUCCCAGGAAUCCUGAAUCCUGAUAGAAGCCACGUCACCCAGGCCAGAUGUGCUUCAGCACAACUUGUGUUGAGUUGGAGACAAGUUUUAGAACAACUUCUGCUCGCUGAUGUACAGAAAUUAUCGGAAACAUCGCUGGUAAACUGCAUAUCACACCCAGAAAAGGAAAACAAAGAACCUCAUUAAUGAUACUGAAACAGUCUUAAAAUUUUAAUUUACGGGCACUCGAUGAAAAAGACGUUUUCGUAGUUUAUACACUGUUUUUGUUUUCAUUUUUAUCUACACACACUAGUUCAAAAUGAAUGUUUUUCGUCUUUGCGGGGAUUUAUCCCAUCUGCUGGCGAUUAUUAUCUUGUUGGCGAAGAUGUGGAAGACACAGUCUUGUGCAGGUAUUUCUGGCAAAAGCCAGGUUUUGUUUGCCUUGGUUUUCACAACUCGUUACCUUGACCUGUUCACCGUCUUUUUCUCUGUCUACAACACUGUAAUGAAGGUCAUCUUCCUUACUGCUUCCUAUGCCACAGUCUACUUGAUCUUCUUAAAGUUCAAAGGCAGUUAUGAUCGUGAAAAUGACAGCUUUCGUGUGGAGUUUCUACUGGUUCCUGUUGCUGGUCUCUCAUUUUUAGAGAACUAUGACUUCACACCUCUAGAGAUUCUGUGGACCUUCUCAAUCUAUUUAGAAUCAGUAGCCAUUCUGCCUCAGCUCUUCAUGAUUUCCAAAACUGGAGAGGCAGAAACAAUCACCACACACUACCUAUUCUUUCUGGGAUUGUACCGUGCACUGUACAUUGUCAACUGGGUUUGGCGCUACCACUUUGAGGGAUUCAGUGACAAGAUUGCAAUUGUGGCUGGAGUCGUUCAAACAAUCUUCUUCUGUGACUUCUUCUACCUGUAUUUUACUAAAGUGCUGAAAGGAAAGAAACUAAGCCUGCCCAUGCCAGUUUGAAAACAGCCGUUCAAGGAUGCAUCUUGGGGCAGCUCUGCAGAAUUCCUAAGCAUUAUGCUCAAAUAAGGAGGUGCAUGGACUCAGACUGUAUCUUUUGAUAUAAGCAUUUUUAUGAUGAAUUUCUCCAAAGGAAGCAUAAGACAUACUGUUUAUUUUACACUCCUCAAUGCCCACACAGUUUGGGGGCUUUAAACUGAGGAAAAUUAUCAAGUCUGAAGAAGUAUAUGAUUCACCAGUCCAGUUCUUCAUACCCUUUUCUUCUUAUUUGGCAAAGACUUGCAUAUUCACCUACUCAGAGUGUACUGAGGAUGUCUUUGAUAAAAGGCUAUCUCCAUAAUGAAUCCCUCACCACAGUGCCAUAUUGUGUUCCAUUUUAUCCUUAUAUAGUUGGAAACAUACCAUCAGCAUUAAGACGUCUCAGCUCUCCAUUGGUUGAGCCAACAUAAAAUGAAGAUUUUACUGUAAUGAAAGUGACUAACUUGGGCAAAGUUGGCAUCAAAAGUAAACUGUUAUAUUCAUAAUCUA